AUGUCUGGAGUCAAAAGAACUACUGAAGGUGAAGAAACUUCCACCAAGAAACAAGAUUUGGGCUAUGAAAAGGGAUAUGCUGCCAUUAAACCCGAAUUCAUAAUCGCCACCGAACCGGUCAGCGCCGUAUACAACGAUGAUGAAGCUGAAACUGGUGAUAGAAAUAAAGACGACAGAGAUAAUAAUAAUAGUAAAGGUAAAAAGAAGAAACAAAGAGGACAAAACAAAAAGAGAGAAUUAAGACAAGUAAGAGAAACCGUAAGACUUUGUUCCACCUUAUUAGAUCCAGAUAAUAUCAGGGAAUGUAAACAUGGGGAAAAUUGUAGUAACACUCAUGAUGUUGAAGAAUAUCUUGCAGCCAAAGGAGAAGAUUUAGAAGGUGUAUGUCCAGUUUAUCAAGCUAUCGGAUAUUGUCCAGCUGGGUUGAAAUGUAGAUGGUUAGGAUCUCAUUAUGAUCAAGAAACUAAGAAGUUAGUUAAAGAUUUAGCCAAAAUCGAACAAGCUGCCAUUGAUAACCAUGAAGUCAACAAAAUAAGUGUCGACGCCAGAGGAUUGUUACAAAGAAAGAAAUAUAACCAUGAAAAGGCUGAGCUGAUGAUUAAAUGGUUAGACUCCCAAGUCAACAAUGAUGAUAACAAAGAACAUUUAGAAAAAGUUAAAGAGAACCAAGCAAGUUAUGUUGAAGCACCAUUAAAGAAAGCUGAAAAGAAGAAAUUGAAUUUUAAAGGAGCAAAGAUAGUUUCUCCAUUAACAACUGUUGGGAACUUACCUUAUCGUCGUCUUAUGAAAACUUUAGGUGCUGAUGUUACUUACGGAGAAAUGGCUUUAAGUUUACCAUUGAUUCAAGGUUAUAACUCUGAAUGGGCAUUACCAAAAGCUCAUAGUUCAGAAUAUCCUGGUUUCGGGGUUCAAAUUGCCGGUAGUAAACAUUGGGCCACCACCAAAGUAGCAGAAUUAAUUGCCAAUGAAACUUCUUCUGUAUCAGAAUUGAACUUAAAUUGUGGAUGUCCUAUUGAUUUAUUAUAUCGUCAAGGUCAAGGUUCAGCUUUAAUGGAACAACCAUCAAGAUUAGCCAGAAUCUUGAAAGGUAUGAACUAUUGUUCUGGUGAUAUUCCAGUCACAGUUAAAAUGAGAACUGGUACUAAAGAUGGUAAGAAUAUUGCCAUUCCAUUGAUCAAAAGAUUAUUGAAUGAAGGAGAUAUUGCAUCUAUAACUUUACAUGGAAGAUCAAGACAACAAAGAUAUACUAAAGAAGCCGAUUGGAAUUAUAUUGCCGAAGCUGCUAAAGUAGUUAAAGAAUUCAAUGAAAACCAAGAAGAAGACAAAGAAGCUACUGAUAAACAAAAAGUUCAAUUUGUUGGUAAUGGAGAUGUUUUCACAUGGGAAGAUUGGUAUAAAGCUACUGAAACUGAAGGUAUUGAUUCAGUUAUGGUUGCAAGAGGAGCAUUAAUUAAACCAUGGAUUUUCGAAGAAGUUGAAGCUAAACAAUAUUUGGAUAAAUCUGCUAGUGAAAGAUUAGAAAUCUAUAAGAAAUAUGCUGAUUUUGCUAUUCAACAUUGGGGUCCUGAUGAAUAUGGGGUCGGUUUAGCUAGAAGAUUCAUGUGUGAAUUUAUUAGUUUCACUCAUAGAUAUAUUCCUGUGGGGAUUUUAGAAAGAUUACCACCCAAAAUGAACGAAAGACCACCAAAAUGGAAAGGUAGAAAUGAAUUAGAGACAUUAUUGGGAUCAACUGAUUACAAGGAUUGGAUCAAAAUCACCGAAAUGUUCUUAGGUAAAGCUGGUGAUAAUUUCAACUUCACUCCUAAACAUAAGAGUAACUCAUAUAAUUAG